AUGCUAGUAGCAGAGUACCAUGAGGCGGUGGCGAGACUGAACGAGCUGGUCAAAAUUGAAUGUAACCAAGUGCAUUCGCGUUUCACUUGCACAUUCGACGGAUACGAAGACGAACAAACCUUGACAACAUGCCCCAAAUGCCGAGAACGAGUCGUGGAAAUGUCUAGACGUUUUGUUGAACUCUGGCCUGGGGACUGGCACAGCGGACAUGGCUCCUACAUCCAGGACUAUCUCCUCGACACCAUCGAGUCAACAGAAGCAUCCACCGACGGAAUGGAUAUCGCUUCGAUGAUAAAAUUCCGAUUAAAGCAUAGUUACUUGGCAGACCGUUUCAUCAGAGAACUCGGACUUCCAGCCCCCAGCAACAAGCCAUGCGGGAUCUGGAACAAAGUCGAGCGGGAAAAGGAGCGCCGCCAAAGGGAGGACGAAACUGUUUUCGUCAGAUCUUGGGAUUUCAUAUGGAGGAAAUUCAUCGACGGCAAUCUCAUACCCCAACGGACUAUUAAGCAGGGGCCCGAAUUCAUUCGGUUUGUGCAAUAUCUUGUUGCGGCGGUCCGCUAG